AUGUCUUCGAAAAAGAAGUGUGUUUACCUUGAUGAGGUCAAGCCGUGGAAAUGGACUUGGUUGAUAAAUGUGAAAGUCCUGCACACAUGGAAACCAUCAUUUACCGGGUUUGGGGAAAGUAUGGAAAUCAUCUUUGCUGAUAAAAAGGGCUUUAAAAUACAAGCUAAAUGCAAGAAUAAUUAUAUGAAAUCAUUGGGGGAUGAAUGUAUUGUGGGUGAAUGGAAGACUGUUGAGAACUUCCAAGUCAGUCCGGCUGGAAAAACUUUCAGACCAACAAACAACAUCCACAAGAUCACUUUCAUCAAGCAAACAAUUAUCAAGACAUCUGAUGUGGAAAACGAUGACAUGUUCCUUGCAUUAGCAUCAUUUGAUUCUGUUCUCGCUGAUAUUAUUGGUCAGACCAUAGAUGUCUCAGAGCUUCAAACUCUCAAUUGUGUUGGAAAGGAGAGGAAGAAAAUUGAAUUCAACUUGAGAGACAUUAAUGAUCAACGAAUUGCAUGUUGUUUGUGGGGUAAGUUUGCUGAAGUUAUGGAUUCUCAUAGAGAAGAGGCACAAUUUGGAGUUGUUGUGUGUUUGCUCCGAUUUGCAAAACUCGGUUCAUUUAGAGGUAAAAUCCAAGUGUCUAAUGCUUAUGAUUCGUCGAAAUUGAUUUUUGAUCCCAAUAUCAAAGAAGUCGAGGAGCUUAAAGAAAUACACUUGGACCAGACAGAGGAUAUAACUGUAUCUGAGCUUUUGAAUUCCACCCAGAUUGGAAAAUGUAAGGUUGUGGCUACAAUCUAUGCUAUAGAUACCAACUAUGCAUGGUUUAAGCUGCAUUUGAAGGUUAAAGAUGAUACAGCUGAAACAAAAUUGCUUCUUCUUGAUUGGAUUGCUUCCCCACUGUUAGGAGUUAAAGCUGAAAAAAUUUUGGAUGGUUCAUUGGAAGAGCUAGAGGAUCCCGAGAUGUUGCCUCUAUGUAUCAUCGAUAUUGUUGGGAAGACAUUUAAGUUUGGUGUUGAUGUGGUAAAAGAUAACAUCAGUAAGGGAUAUGAAAUUUAUAAGGUUCUAAAAGUGUGGUCAGUCUACAACACAUUAAUGGUUGAUUCCCAGUCAGAUGCUAUUACAGAGACCGGGGCAUCAACACAUUCUGUUUCUGAGGGAUCCCUAUUAACUUACAGUGACGAGAGUUCUGGCUUGGCGAAGACUCCUUCUAAGCGAUCACAAUACGAGUUAGGAGACCUGAUAGACACCAACUCCACAUCAAAGACGCGGCCUACAAAAAGUAUCAAAGUAGAAAAGAAGAACAAUGAAGAACUAAGCUUAAAGAAAAGUGACUACCGCAACAAAUGA